GGGAUUGGCCCAGUAAGCCAACUAUGACUCUGAAAACAUGAUGUAAAUUGAAAUGCAUAAUAUAUAUUUUUUUGGAUAAAAUCAAUGGAAUAUAAAGGUAAGGCAAUCUUGCUACAACUAUACCGGUUGUCGUCAGUUUAGAAAAGUCUGAAGCAGAGUCUUGACCCAAAACAUCAUCUAUUCCUUUUCUCCAGAGAUGCUGCCUGACCCUCUGAAUUACUCCAGCAAUGUCUCUUAGAAAAGCUGGUCUUGUGUUCAGCCCAUACAUAUGAAGGUGAAAUUGGGAGAUGAGCAUGAUGGAUUUGCCGGCUACUGCAGGGCCGCAAGUGACUGUUCUUGAUACUAGUUGAAAUAUUGCCACAUCAGACCCAGGAAGAAAGUAGACACAAAAUGCUGGAUUAACUCAGAGGGUGAGGCAGCAUCUCUGGAGAGAAGGAAUGGGAGACGUUUCGGGUAUACCAGUAUCUGCAGUUCUCUCUUACACAGACCCGGGAAAAAUAUAUUCCAGCUAACACGUUGAUGUCCAUUUUAUGAAUCCUAUUCCACAUUUCCAACUUGCAAAUUGUUUGGGUUAUGAAGGUUCUCAGUAACAGAACCCUGCUGUAACCUGGGUAGGGCCUGUGCAGGGCUUUGGUAAAACCACAUCUAGAGUACUAUGUACAGGUUUCACUUCUUUAUCUAAAAAAGUACAAAAGUACACUCCCGUUCUUUAGUCAUGCCCUCUGUCCAUCCCUUGAUAAAUAUAUUCUGUUUAUUACAUGAUCUGAUUAUGUGAUCAUGCCUGAGUCACACCUUUUUUCCCCACACUUGUGACACAAACUGUCUAUUUCUGCCGACUGUCCGUUUCUUCCAUUUUGGAUCAAACACUGUCCAUCCCUGGGACACUGUCCAUACUUGGGAUACACACUCCUUCCAUCCGUGGGGCACACACUCUGUCCACGCUUGGGACACACAAACUAUCCAUUCAUGGGACACACACACAGUGCAUCUCUGGGACAUAUUCUGUCCAUCCCUGGGGAACACACAUUUUGUCCAUCAAUUCACCAUACAUUCGGUCUAUCCAUAAGACCCACUCUAUAGCUAGCUGUACACACACUGCCCAUCCCUGUACCACACAUUGUUUAUCCAUAGGGCACACACUCUGUCUGUCCCUAGACCACACAUCCUGUCCAUCUCUGUCACUGUACCGGGAUGGAUAAACAGUUGUGAUCAGUGACAGUCUGUCUGUCUGUGUCCCCCAGCAAUGGAGAAAUGUGCCACAAACAAUGGGCAAAGUGGUGGAAUGUUGGACCCUAGAUUGAGAUAAUCCUCGAGACUAAGAUUAACCAUAAACUUUAACCAGUCCUGGAUCACACACCCUCCCUUCACCCUGCCCUGUCCUGUCCUGUCCACGAUCACACGGUGCUGGUGUAACUCAGCGGGUCAGGCAGCAUUUCUGGAGAAGGUGGAGAUUCAUCAGUCUGAAAGGGUCCCGACCCGAAACGUUAACUAUCCAUGUUCUCCAUUGAUGUUGCCUGACCAGUGAGAUGCCGCUGCACUUUGUAUCCGAUUUUGUAAACAAGCAUCUGCGUGUUUCUACCUAACCGUGAUCACACUCUAUCCCCGAUGACUCCCUGCUCUCUCCAGCACUGGGACUGCUUCCCAGUGUGACACGUUUCCCUGUUGAUUCUUGCUCACCUGUCAGGUGAUGACUUUACACACGUCGGACGCUGUCGAGAUGGGGAGGUGUGUUUCACGGAGAUAGACGGGAGAAAGAGGGCGGGAUCGAGGGGGUUGGAACCUGGCUGAUUCGCUCAGUCCGUCCUCUAAGUUUGAAGGGGCCGGGUCAGGAAGCCGAGUCACAACUUGUACAGAGCGAGGUCUCAGGUCUGGGCUAACCGAACACAGGGCAGGGUAACCGACGUGUCGCCCUGACUCCACAGCGGGAGCGGCCGCUUCGUUUCCUGGCCAUGUCCGCCUUCCAGAAACUACCGGCCAGGAACUUCGAGAACUUGACUUUGGACUCUGGUUAUGGAGGAGCCGCCACCUCGUGUAGAUCAUCCUGCUUGUCCCUGUCUCACUCGGGAAGUACCUGGCGUUCCUAUCCCGGGACUGCGAACAAGACACACAUGGACAGCUGUGAUACUUUGGACACCGGCUUGGCAGAGGGCGCCGAGACUCUGGAGCCUCUGGACUGUUAUCCCAAACUGCCUCAUUUGGAAGAUGUCCCCUGGACCGAGCGAGAGGUUGAAGAUGUGUUAAGGCUAUGCAGACCCGGAGAAAGGUGCGCCGUGGACGGCGCCCUGGUUAAGAAACUCUCUACGUACCUAAGCAGGACUUUGGUUCGCCUCGCCAGAGAGGCGCAGAGAUUCAGUCUGAUGAGCGCCCAGUGCAGCAAACACGAAGUCCAAAGCGCCGCCCAGCUCGUCUUGUCCUGGUCCCUAUCGGAAAGUUGCAUGGCGGCUGCGGUCAGGGCUUUGUCCGUGUACAACAUGAGUUGCAGGGAGGAACUCAACAGGAGCAAGAGCUCCCAGUGCAACCUCAUCUUCUCGGUGGGACGCUUCUUUCGAUGGAUGGUGGACAGCAAGCUGUCGAAUCGCAUCCACGAGCACGCAGCCGUCUACAUGACAGCCUGUCUGCAGAACAUCCUGGAGCAGAUGUACCUGAGGUUGGUGGACAACCUGGGGAGCCGAGGGAAGGAACUGCCCGAUGCCCUGGAUAAGGCAUUGGACCUAGUCAUCGGCAGCGAUGCAGAUCUCUGGGGGCUAUUUCAGGCCCAUGACCAUCUGAUCUGCGGGAAAAACGCAUAUGGUGUACCUUGCCUUCCGUUGUACCUCAGCCAGUACCCGGAACGUUAUCAUCAGCAACUCUACACCCGCUUGGACCUGAAGAACCUGGAACAAGCAAUGCUGGCAUCUUAUGUGGGCACCAUCGCUGAACUCAGUCACUUGAUCUCCCAUGCAAUGUACUACCUCCACCAGUUUGGUGCAUUGUACCACAGCAAGGGGUCUCAGUUACAUUUCAAGAAGGGUCCGUACUCCUGGGAGCCUGAAGCUUUGCACAGCCUUUACUACUAUACACAGUGCCCGCAGAUGGAGUGGGAAAAUCUCAAUGAAGAACCUCCAAAAGUGAAACUAAACAAUGAAAGACUGUAUGAGGUCCUCCCGCCAAUGGUUGAGUGGAUCAGGGUGUGCAUUACUCUGGCAGAGCACAGACACAGCUUGAUGGUGGACAGCAUUGAUGUUCGACAGGCCGCCCGUUUGCUGCUGCCUGGCAUGGACUGUGAACCACGACAGCUCAGGAUUACAGGCACUCCCUGCAUAUCCCGCGGACUGAAUGCCAAGCAGGCAGAGCUGAAGCUGAAGCAGGAUCUGGCCUUCCAGAUGUUGAGUGCUGGCCGCACUGAUCUGGUGGAUGCAGCUGUUGCAUUGCUGGGACCAGAAGGGAUCAAUACACUAAAUGAACAGGGGAUGACUCCAUUGAUGUAUGCAGCAAGCAAUGGGGAUGAGGCUAUGGCUCAGGUCCUUCUGAACUCUGGAGCAACUAUUGAUAUCCAGGUACCCAGUAACUCCCAGCAGUACCCAUCCAUCCAUCCGGAGACUCGACACUGGACUGCCCUCACCUUUGCCGUGGCAUUUGGUCAUCUGCCAGUUGCACAGUUAUUGUUGGAUGCCGGGGCCGAUGUCGAAGGGUGUGUUAGUGAAGGAAGCUGGUCAGAUACUCCACUACAACUUGCAGCUGCAGCAGGGCAUUUUGAUCUGGUUUGCCUUUUGCUGCAAAAGGGAGCCGACCUUCUGGCGGGGACCAUGGACAAAGGUGGUGUUGCUGCAUCUCUGCAUGGGAUUGCUAAUCCUUUCAGCCAAGCUGCUGCCCAUGGGCACAGGAAUGUGCUGCAGAAGCUUCUUUCACAGCCGGACACCGUGAACACUGAUUUUGUGUCUCUGGAGGACAUCCUUGCUGAGGGGGCGGAGAUGAGCAAGCAGCAGCCUCCGAAAUGCGGGCUUAGUCGCAGUAGCAAAGCUCGCAGCAAAGCACUGCAGGACGCUCUGUAUCAGAGUGCCGAACACAAUUAUCUCGACAUCAGUGUAGAACUGCGCAAGCUGGGUGUCCCAUGGACUGUGCACUCAUGGCAGAUGUCCCUGCAGACCUCGUUCACUCAACAUCACUGGUCCAUUACUCUGGAUCUGCUGAAGGAGUUCGAUAGUCUGAAAGAUGUGUACAGCGAGGAAAUGAUCUCCCAGGGCCUGCCACUCAUGUUCAACAUAUUCCACUUGAGCAAGAACGAUGCUAUUAUUCGACAGCUGGCUGCCAUUUUCACCCACUGCUACGGACCCUACCAUAUCCCUAUGAUCCAGGAGCCCAAGGAGAAAAGCAGUGUUCCAGCAGAGCCUGUCCGCUUGAACAACCAGGAACAUUCAGACGUCACAUUCCUCGUGGGAGGGAAACCGUUCUACGGUGAUUGUGCGCUGCUGUCUUCUGCCUCACCCCGGUUCAAAGAACUCAUUGAAGCCUGCGCUUCCAACACUGCCGAGGCCAACAAUCCCAUUGAGAUAAAGGAUGUAGCGUUUGAAACAUUUGAGUGUCUGGUUCAUCACAUUUACAGUGGAGGGACAGAGAGAAUGGACAUCAGUAAAAGCCGAGCCUUGGAGGUUCUCACAGCAUCCAGCAUCUUCAAACUAGAGUCGCUUAAGCAUCACUGUGAAGCCGUGUGUUCAAGGGACUUGACCCUUGAUGACAUUUCAAAUAUCUACCAAAGGGCGAAGGUCGUGGACGCCUCAGAAUUGGUCGCCUACUGCAGUGGAUACUUUCUGAAGAACAUGCUGUCUUUAUUGGAGCAGGACUCUUUCCGGCAGCUACUGAAGAAUGAGGCAGUAAAAUCUCAUCUACUGGCCGACCUACAGCAAGUUCUGGCCGCCAGGAUGCAGGCAGUUUACCAGCCCAUCUCGAAGGAAACCAUGGUAUGAGUUAACUACAGGACUCAAAUGUAGACGUAGUAGACUUUAAAUGGUGGCGACGCCUAACAGACAUUGCCUGUAAAUGGAGAUUGCUUUACUGGAGAAACCAAGUGAGCAACACAUGUGUAAUAUGUAGUGGCUUGGAAUACCAAAAACAAAAGAACCUUAACUAUUUUCUCUCCGAGAAUCUUCUUCCUUCUCUUUCAAUAUCUAUGCCUUGAUUUCUCUAUCCCCAGGAUUUCAUCCAUUCAUGCCUUCCUGUAUUUAUGCUUCCAACCGAGCAAGGACUAAUUUGUGAGCAGUGACAUUAAACAUGUACUUCACAUGACAGAGAACAGAACAACUUUUAAUAAACACAGAGGGUGCAGUAACUCAGCGGGUCAGGUAACAUCAGGCGACCCAAAACAUCGCCAAUCCAAUUUAUCUAGAGAUGCUGCCUGACCCGCUGAGUUACUCCAGUACUUUGCGUCUAUUUUCCGUAUAUACCAGCAUCUGCAGUUCCUUUUUACACAAAAUAACCUUUUACUACUUGUUGUUAAUUCAUGUAACACCACUGAAAAAUGAAGUCAACUCUAUAUUUACACCAGGUUAUGAGUCAUCUUAAUAUUGAGGUUCACUCUGUCAAUCAUAGACAAUGAAGAUUUUUUUUUACCUCCCCCGAUCUCAUCCCAUCCCAUCUUACCAGUGUCUCCAUCUCAAACUGACUUUAAUUUACAUUAAGGCUACUUCCUGACAAUACACUGGCGGUAUGGACAACCCUCCUGGACAUCAUGGUCUGUGAGCAGUUAGUGGGCAACAGUCCCUGUGAUGGAUCAGUUUCGGUGAACCGUCCCACCGAUGCAUCUUAAGAGUGUCUCCGCCAGUUAUGAUCCGUGACAAGCAGAGACAUUAAACGUAUUUCAGAUGGUAGAGAACAGAAGAACCUUUUACAACUUGUCGUCCAUUCAUGCAACAACAGCUUAUCUUAAAGUUAAACUUACCUGAAGUCGGCUAGUGUCGGGGACUGGUUGUUUAUGGUCUCCCGAUGGAUCCUUGGUCUGAGUCAUGUAUGUAUGUAUGUAUGUGUGUGAUAAUCUCACUGAAGUGACAAUAUGAUUUAUAGAAGGACUGUAGGCAAAGCUUUGUGUGAUACCUGGAAACAGCAUGGGCUGUUACAGGACAGGCGAUCUCAGGCAUUCAAUUCCGAGACUUAACUGAGCCUCAUGCAUGUUUGCAAUCAAAAGAGAAACUAAAUUACUUUUUUACUGAAGUGCAAUAUUGUGUGUAACCUACUGUGUCUUAUUGCUUAAUAAUGGAUGUUCUGGUGUAAAAAUAUUAUUAAACAGAGAUUCAUAUUUAUGGAAAGUGUCAGAAAUCAGUACUUUCAUCAGGCAUGAAAAUCAAGCGAAGGAUUUCAGAGCUGUACAUGGUUAUUUACAAUGUUGAACACACUGAUACCCUGUUACAGUGUGCCUUUUAUAAUUAAACAGAAUUUAAUUCCAAAUGUGUUCUUUGGUGUUC